GGAGGCGUAGCCCGCCGCGGCGCCCGCGCGGCGGUGCUGGCGGCGGCCGGCGCGGGAUGGGACGGGACGGAGCGGAGCGGAGCGCGGCGCAGAUAAGGCCACCUGAGUUUGCUGGCAAGUUAUAGAUCAGCUGUCUUCUCACACUUGUGAACAGGAAAGAUAUUCUCUUUUCGCCCCUUUUUUAUGGUUGUGAGCCAUGCCUUUGGUGAAAAGGAACAUUGAACCGAGGCACCUCUGCCGAGGAGCUCUGCCUGAGGGAAUUACCAGUGAGCUGGAAUGUGUAACUAAUAGUACUCUUGCUGCUAUCAUACGCCAACUAAGCAGCUUAAGCAAACAUGCUGAAGACAUAUUUGGUGAGUUGUUUAAUGAGGCCAACAGCUUCUACAUCAGAGCAAAUUCUCUUCAAGACAGAAUUGAUCGCCUUGCUGUCAAAGUUACCCAGCUGGAUUCAACAGUAGAAGAGGUAUCAUUACAAGAUAUCAACAUGAAAAAAGCAUUCAAGAGUUCAACGAUUCAAGAUCAGCAGGUGGUUUCAAAGAACAGUAUUCCUAACCCCGUGGCUGAUAUUUAUAAUCAGAGUGACAAACCACCACCUCUGAAUAUUCUUUCACCUUACAGGGAUGAUAAGAAAGAUGGAUUGAAGUUCUAUACUGAUCCCUCCUAUUUUUUUGAUCUUUGGAAAGAAAAAAUGUUACAAGAUACUGAAGAUAAGCGAAAAGAGAAGAGAAGACAGAAGGAGCAAAAGCGUAUAGAUGGCACCACUCGUGAGGUGAAAAAGGUUAGAAAAGCCAGGAACAGACGCCAGGAGUGGAAUAUGAUGGCAUAUGACAAAGAGCUUAGACCUGACAACAGGUUGUCUCAAAAUGUGUACCAUGGAGCAUCUUCCGAGGGAUCACUGUCCCCAGAUACUAGGUCCCAUGCAUCUGAUGUUACAGAUUAUUCUUAUCCUGCUACUCCGAAUCAUUCCCUCCAUCAGCAGAUAGCAAUGCCUUCAUAUGGAACAGGAGACGGUCCACAGUAUAUGGGAGUACCCCAAAGCCAUGAGCCUGAAUACAGGCCACCUUCUACCACAGUACGACAUGCUACUUUAAACAGACCUCAGCAGCCACCUCCACCUCCACCGCAGCCUUCAGAUGGCCAGCAUAGUUCAGUACCUGUGGUUCCAGCAGAAUAUGGGAUGCUUCCAGCUCAGAUGGUGGAAUAUUACAAUCCUACAGGUCCUCCUCCUCCUCCCCCUCCUCCUAUGAUUCCUUCAGCACAAACUGCAUUUGUCAGUCCCCUCCAGCUCCCUGUGCCAGCUUCCCAUUCUGGACUGGUGACUGGCUCCACAUAUGCUGCUACUCAUCCUCCUCCUUCUAGUGGGCUUGUUGUCACGGCUCCUCCUCCUCCUGGCCCACCUCCUCCCCCUCCUGGCCCCCCUGCUGCAGGUUCAUCCCUCUCUUCCUCCCCAAUGCAUGCUCCUCCAGCUGCUGAGGCGAAGCGUCAUGAAGCUGCACAGCAACCAAUAAGUGAUGCACGAAGCGAUCUUCUUGCAGCCAUUCGUAUGGGAAUUCAGCUGAAAAAGGUGCAAGAGCAACGUGAGCAAGAAGCAAAGCGAGAACCUGUUGGAAAUGAUGUGGCAACCAUCCUUUCAAGACGCAUUGCUGUGGAAUACAGUGAUUCUGAUGAUGACUCAGAAUUUGAUGAAAAUGAUUGGUCAGAUUGAAGCCUAGGACAAGCACAGUGGCAAAUUCAUGAAACACGUGGCUUCAAUGAUCACUUUCUUAGCAAGAUGUAAAAGCAGGACGUUGGUACACAUUAAGGCUAGUAAUUGAAGCAUUAAAAUUGAGUUGGUAUUAUUCAGAAUGCUGUAGCUUAGCAACUCUGGUAAUAAUGAUGUGAUUAUGCUUGUGCCGAUCUGAAACUUGAUUACUUUCAGUAUUUACCACAUACUUAAGUGCCACUAAAUGUAGCAAAUCAUGUGCUGCAUGCAAAAUAUGCUGCAGUUGUUGCACUGUUACAGAACCAGCAUUUUAUUUUACUUUCCUGGUCUAUAAGGUGUAAAGGAUAUAUUUUUUUGACUUUGCAUCUUACUGUUUUAGUUUUUCAAACAACUUAGGUUACUUGUGAAGUGGUCCAGUUGUUAGUCUUUGAGGAGAGUUAACUGUAUGACUGGGUGAAAUGUUGAGAUUCAUAAAUACAUGAUUUUUAGCUUUAUUUUUUUAGAUGCUACUUGUGUCCACCUUAAAAUACGGUAGAUAGCAACUAAAUAUCUAUUUAGUCUAUUUUAGAUCACAUCUGGUCUUAGAAUUUUAGCUUAGCUUAGCAAACAGGUUUGGAUUUGUAGAAUUUAACCUUUCUUUUUUCCUUAAGAAGGUAGCAGAUGAUGAAAUGUAUGCUUUGAGGACUGAAUCCAUGUGAUCCCAUAGUUAAUUUUUUGACCAGAUUGGAAAAGUUUGUAGCAGUAAUAGCUCUCAGUUGCUGGCUGCUUAUUGGGUAGAAUCCCAAGAGGUCUCAGGUAGGUAGUAAAUAUAUGUCCAUAUUACAAAUGAAAGUUAAAAUCCCUGUACAGCUUUUCAGUUUUAUGAUAGGGAUCAGCUAGAUUCAGAGACUUCACAGUAGAUCUGAUUGAAGCCAUACCAUAGUAGCAGUGUAGACAAGUGUCUCUGCAAUUACUAAAGAAUUAAUUCAGGUCAGUACACUUCUAGCGGUGAGAUACAUUUCGCAAGUAUUAAACUUGGUUUUUAUGCUUGUAGGUAUAAAUGAUAUGAAUAAGUUUUUGAUUGAUUUGUGUAUAUUCACACAUUCAUGAAAGAUCAUUUUCAGUUUGCUGUAGCACACUUACUCGAAUUACUGUUACUUUGAACAUUUUUCUCUGCCAGUACUUCCCAUUUAUGUAAUAUUUGCAAUUAAAACAGUUUACCAGCUGUUUAGGUUC